AUGUUUUGGAGCUCUCUCAUCGUCGGUGCCCUUUUAGGGCAGCAUGCCUCUGCGCAAAACAUGCUUCGUUUCGGCUGCUCGCAGCUCACCAUCGAACGAGCUGACCCUUUGGUCUCUCCUGGUCAAAACCCCGCCCCUCACACACAUCAGAUUAUCGGAGGCAACUCGUUCAAUCUUACGAUGACACCAGCCGAAUACGAUCCACCAACCUUGUCUACUUGCACGACUUGCACCUACUCGGAGGACUUCAGCAACUAUUGGACCGCAUCAUUGUACUUCAGGUCUCCUGAGAAUGGUACCUUCCAGCGCGUGCCCCAAUUUGCCAACUUUGGCAUCCAGCAGGAUGGGGGAAUGACGGUGUACUACAUGCCUUACAGCGCCAAAAAUGGUAAGAUGACGGCAUUCAAGCCUGGUUUCCGGAUGAUCGCGGGGGACCCCACGAACAAACAAAACAUAUACAAACCCUCGAUCUGUCACCGCUGCCUCGGAAACGGCGAGGGCUUCGCUCCCUGCGAUAGCAAAGACACUGGCGAGCUCCCAACCAAGUACUGCCCUGGAGGUAUCCGCGCUACCGUCAUCUUUCCGUCCUGCUGGGAUGGGAAGAAUCUCGAUUCGCCGGACCACAAGUCCCACGUUGCCUACUCCAACGGUGGCGGCCUAGGCAGCCCGAACUGCCCUUCAACUCACCCCGUUGCUAUUCCUCAGGUUAUGUACGAAGUCAUGUGGGACACUGGAAGGUACAAGAACGAUGCUUGGUACGGAAACGGCAAGCAGCCCUUCGUCUACAGCUUUGGCGACUCCAUUGGAUACGGCCAGCACGGUGAUUACCUUUUCGGAUGGAAGGAUGAUUCUUUGCAAAAGGCCAUGGAUGCUUUGCCUAGUGGAAAUUGUGCCAACGCUAACUGCGGCGUUCUCAAGAUACAGUCGGCUGCGGACGCUAUGAAGUGCAAGAAGGCUCAACAGGUUGUUGAAGAUGUUGGAAAGGCAGGGCAGUGGAUCAAAGAGCUUCCGGGAGGUGUAGCAGUCUAUUGA